AUGAGCGGUUCUGGAGCGCCCGGCGGGCUGCCGCUGGAUGCGACCAUCACCAUUGUCAACAACUCGGGCAAGAUCAUCAGCACCGGAAAGCAGCUGCUCUCGAUAUGGAAGACGGCCCAGGCCUCGUACCGCGAGAAGAAGACGGAGCUCAACCAGGAGCGCGCCGCCGAGAGGAGCAGGCCGCCCCCCGUGCCCGUCAAGCGCGCCCAGACGUUCGACACGAGCCGCGGCAUCGCCCCCCCGCGCCGGCAGUACGACGAGCUGAGCCUCGCGCUGACUGAGGGCAACCUGGAGAAGCUGUCUGAGGCGUCGAGCGUGGCGCCGUCGUCGAAGCCGCCGUCGGCGUACAGGGGCUCGUCGUAUGCGGCGGCGGAUGCCAUGGUGCUCAAGAGCGGCGGCGGCAGCUUCUCGCGGGUUGAUCCUCCGGCCGAGCAGCUGAUCCACAAGAUCGAGAACCUGCUGGACGAGGCGCACUGCGCGCAGCACUCGGCGACGGCCAUCAUCACGCAUCUCCAGGAGCGGCCCGAUGCCGCCGCCGCCGUGGCGCUGACGCUGGCGGAGCUGUCGGGCAUCAUCACGAAGCUGUCGCCCGGGUUCGCGGCCAUCCUCAAGGGCACGUCGCCGGCCAUCUUUGCGCUGCUGGCGUCGCCGCAGUUCCUGAUUGGCACGGGCAUCGCCGUGGGCGUCACGGUCGUCAUGUUUGGCGGGUGGAAGAUUGUGCAGCGGACGUUUGCGAAAAAGGCCGUGGCGUACGAGGGCGCCGCGCCUGCGCCGGCGGCGGCGGUGCCCCGGCUGGAGGAGCCCGUCGACGAGGCGAUUGUGCUGGAGACGGUCGAGGUGGACAUUAGCGGCAUCGAUACCUGGCGCAGGGGCAUCGUCGACUGGGGGUACGAGAGCGCGGACCAGGAGCUGAUGACGCCCGAGGCGGACCGCGUGACGAGGGAGCGGAGGGCGAGCAAGGGGGGCCCGCCCGAGGACUAUUUCGACUCCAAGUCGCGGAGGAGCAGCAGCUCCAAGACGCAUCGGUCGAGCAAGGGGCACUCUUCUUCGUCGCACAAGUCGCACAAGUCGAGGCAUGAGUCUGUGUCAUCGUCUGAUAAGAAGAGCAGCAGCAGCAGCAGCAGCAGCAGCAAGAGGGACAAGGAAAAGGGGGAUGACGCGAGCAGUGUCAACUCGAUGAGCCUGAUCAAGAAGUCGAUUGCCAGCAGGAAAAAGGCAAUUGAUGAGAGCGGCGUCAAGAGCGAGGAGUUGCCGCUGCGGGCCAAGAUGAGGCAGACGAAUAUGCUCAAGGCCUUAUUCAAGAGCAAGGAGCAUAGGCAGACUCUGAUUACUUAGGGGUGAUGAUUUGUUCAUGCUGGACUACAUGAGCUGAGGAGAUAACCAUGGUGACGAUGACGAUGAUGGGAUGGAAUGACAAUAAGCAAGCAAGCAAGCGAUGAAUUACAGUUUGGAUGAGAAUGGUUUUUAUAUGGGCAUAUUUAAGACGGUAAAUUGCGAAAUUGCAGACCAGGGCAUAUAUAGGAUUACAGAUACAGUUCGUUUUGGGAAUAUAAACAUGGCUUCAAGGUUCUUUGAAGAAGCUGUUAUUG